AUGUCCCGUGAUAAACUGAUAACACUAUCAGAUGUCGCAAAUCGAGCAUUUUAUAGUGGAAAUUUUGAAAAAGCUUUAAUACUUUAUAAUGAAGCAAUUCAAUUACAUCCAACUAAUUUUAUUCUCUAUUCCAAUCGUUCCGCUGUUUUUCUACGUUUGAAAUGUUUUCAUAAUUCAUUGGAUGAUGCCAAGCAAUCGUUGGCAUUAAAUCCUAAAUGGGCCAAGGGUUAUUUUCGAAAAGGUGAUGCUCUACGUGGCAUUGGAAGAUUUGAUGAAGCAAUUUUUGCGUAUUGUCAAAGUUUAGCAAUUGAAAAUGAGAUUGAAACAACUAACGCAUUGAAAUAUGGCUUAUAUUAUAGCUCAAUCAAAGAUAAUUUACCAAUUUUAUUGAGUGAAAUUGGAAAUGAAACGAAUGGAAUAAAGUUGGAUCCAUUCUUAAUUAUUAGCAUAAUUGGUCAAGAAUAUUUGGCUAUUGGCUAUAUAACUGAGGCAAUUGCGCUUCUUCAAUUAGCAUUAGAUAUGGAUGAAGCUAAUGUUGCACAAUUGGACUUGAAACUAUCAGUACUUGGUGCUAUUUCAUUUGCAUAUUAUCAACAAAAAAAUUACCGGCAAGCAAUUAAAUAUCUGCAGAUGCAACUUGAAAUCAGUAAGCAACUCGAUGAAUUCGAAAAACAGCUAACGAUUUAUAAAAGUAUCGUACGAAUUGCAUUACUGAACGAUGAGACUAUGCUUGCAAUUAAUUAUCUUCGAAAGCAAAUUCAAUUAAUGCAUUCUAACGAUAUAGAAGUAAACGAUCUUUUACUUAAUCUUGCUGAUUUGUACAUUCAACUUGGCCAUUAUCAACAUGCAGCGCAAAUUAUUGCCUCAUUUAGACCUUUGACAUUUCAAAGUGUAGUCAAAGUUGUGAAAUUUGCAUUGGUCAAGGACAAUGGCGGAGCGGCAUUGGCUUAUUGUAAUAAAUUAGCAAAUAUAAGCAAUACAACGGAUGAAAAAGCUUUAGCAACAUUGCUAAAAUGCAAAUGUCUUCUGCUUCGAAAAGAGACAACAAUGGCUAUAAAUAUUUUACAAAAUACAAUAGCACAUUUCGAGAAUAAUGGAACAACGGCGGAAAUUGUACAUUUUUAUUAA